AUGUCUCAUCCCUUGGCUCUGGGCUUCAUCCAGGCCAGGAGAGAGAGAGAGAGAGAGAGAGAGAGAGAGAGAGAGAGAGAGAGAGAGAGAGAGAGAGAGUUGUGUGUCUGUGUGUGUGCGCUCUGGAUCAGCGGGACCAUGUCAAGUGGACUUUUCACUCACCUGCUGAAGGGACUGUGGCUCUGGCAAGCAGCGCUCCUCGCCAGCAGCAGUAAGCUAUGGGAGGUUCCCUCCGCCCCCUUCUCCUCUUCCUCCAAUCACACUGCCAGCAUGCAGUGGGAGCCGCUUUGCCAACGACGCCACCUACAGGACGGGGUGAAAAUCACAGCCGACAUUCCCCCUAGACUGGAGGGGAACUGGGUGUCAACCAGGUGUGAGGUGCGGCCCGGCCCGGAGUUCCUGACGCGUUCCUACACCUUCCACGCCAGCCGCCACCUCCGCGCCCUGCAGCACUACUACAGCGACAGCGCCUGCCAGCAGCCCACCUACUCCCUGCUGGUCCGCGCCAAGCUGCGGCUCCGCCAGGCGUCCUGGGUGACCCGGGGGGCCACCGAGGCUGAUCACCACCUCCAGAAGGUGGGCAUGGUGGUCCACAGCCCCGGGGCCACGCACCACCUCAGCGCCCGGCUACCGGAGGUGUGUGUGGGGCUGGGGCUCGGCCGCAUGGUGCCCGGGAAGCUGUAUGAGCUGCACAACGCCCGGGCCGGCAGGGCCUGUCUGGGGGCUCUGGGGUUCUCCAUGGGGGAGCUGGGUCUGGUGAGGGUGGAGACCCAGCACCACCCUCAUGGAGGGAAUGUGCAGGAGCUGUUCCUGGGGGAUGUGCAUACUGACUGGGCUCAGAGGACACAUCACCGCCCUGCUGGCUACCAGCUGCCACUGCAGAACGCCAUGCACCACGUCCACCCCUGCCCUGUCUGUGCCCUGGUGUUCCGCUCCUCAGAACAGCACCCCCCGGUGUUGCCCCUGCCGCACGCCGGCCCCAUAUCCCUGUCCGGUCGCUGGGUGAGUCAGCGCUGCGAAACCCGCCCAUCCGUCCUCUUCCUCACCAGAGAGUUCACCUUCACCCCCGAGCACCACGGCUGGGAGGGGGUGUACCGCCACUACUCUGACCCCACCUGCACCCGGCCUACCUUCGCCCUGCGGGCCUCGGGUCACUACGCCCAGACGGGCCCCUCGGGGAAGGUCGCUGGAGGGACGGAGUUCGUCUUCAAGGUGACGGAGGUGAGGGUGACGGCUCUGGAGGAGGCCACGGUGAGGCUGCUGAACGGCAGCCGUCCCGUGGGGAGCUGUGGCGGGGCAGGGGGCUGGGCGCUGGGGGUGGAGCGGGACUUGACACCCACCAACGGAUGCACGGCCCUGGGAAUCAAGCUGCCCCACAAGGAGUAUGAGCUGUUGAAGGUGGAGCUCGACCACAGAGGGCGCCCCCUGCUGUUCAACGGAGAGAGGCCGACGGAUGGCUCCAGCCCUGACCGGCCCCAGAGGAGACCCACCUCCUACCAGGCUUCCAUGGUGCUGUGCGGCCAGGAGCAGACAGUGGCUAUGCCCUCCCAUCACUUCCGCAAGCAGGACCGCCUCGUUCUGGGAUCUGGUGCUGCUUCUGGGACCCAGCGGAUCCAGUUGGCGACCAGUGGAGGGGAGGGGCUGGUGCUCAUGCCAGCCCUGGUCCUGGUGUCGACACUGUGGGGGUGGUAUCACUGUGGGGUGUAGCCAGUUCCACAGGGCAGCAGAGGACCCCCACACAGCUGAGGGGGAGGAUGGAGCAGGCGGGGGUGUUUGAGACAGACUCACAGUCACACCACCCUGCCAGGACCCAGCCCUACAGGACCACUUGAUGAAUGACUGCUCACUGAGAUUGUGAGGGGAUUGUUUUUAGGAAAGAACGGGGAUUAUAGCUAUAUUUUACUGUCUGUAGUUCUUAUCCAAUGCUUUUUUCAUAUAUAAAUUUACGUUCUGAUUCUAAACCGUGUUUAAAACUGACCCCAAGGCUGUAAUGCCAUGACUUUAUUUCGUGUAUUUUCCAAUGAACAUAUCUGCAAAACUAAGAUCUGUAGAGAGACCUGUAUACAAGUCUCACACUGUAACUAUCUUUUAAAUGUAUCAGAUUGUCUUUUAGGAUUCGAGGCCUUUGUUUCAGUACAAACUGUCUAGGAUGAAUAGGCAUGAUGGAGGAAAAAGGUUAGAAAGUGUUCUUCCAGUAAAAUGAGUAUUAGAAGAAGGCUGUUUACCAACAUCUCACAUCUGACUGCAAAUGGCAGGCAUUCCACUGGAUAUGAUAUUGGGAUGAUCCUUCUCUUCUGGCCACAGUACAAAGGACAUCCAAACAGAACGUUAAACUGUCAUGGACUAGAUGAAACAGAGAAGGAGACAAAUAACGUAUAAAUGUCUAGUCAUGCCUGCAGACAACUGAACAACAGAGGCCUUGUGGUGUAUUUUCUUUGUUUCAAAAGUUGUGGCGCUCACAUAUAUCAUAUGACUGCCUUGUAUGAUUGAAAAAAACGAUAUAUUUAUUAUCAUAAAAUUAUAGUAAUUUUGAUGCUGUAAGGGAAAACAUUGCUGUAAUUAUUGUUUUGGUGGUUGUAUGUUUUUGUCAGACACCCGUAUAUCUGUUUCAUUCAGCUCACUGUAAAACCUGUCUGUUUUUAUUCAUCUGUCAUAUACAGUUACUAAUAUUAUACCUUGGGAAUUGUCUCUAAUAUGGCGCAUUAAAGAAAAUUAUCUUUCA